UCCAAUGCGUGGGCCACGAAAACUAGAGGUGGUGGAGAUCAAAUCUAGACAAAUCACUAUUUGCUGGGAACCAUUUGGAUAUAAUGUCACACGUUGCCAUCGAUACAACCUCACAGUCCAUUACCGUUACCAGGCUGGAGGACAGGAGCAAGUGAGAGAAGAAGUAAGCUGGGAUACAGAAAGUUCACAUCCCCAGCACACAAUUACUAAUCUGUCACCAUACACAAAUGUCAGCAUCAAAUUAGUACUAAUGAACCCUGAAGGACGAAAAGAAAGCCAAGAACUUGUAGUACAAACUGAUGAAGAUGUCCCGAGUGCUGUGCCACUUGAAUCUAUUCAAGGAAGUACCUUUGAAGAGAAGAUUUUUCUUCAGUGGAGAGAGCCAGCACAAACAUAUGGUGUGAUUACUUCAUAUGAGAUCACCUACAAAGCAGUCAGUUCCUUUGACCCAGAAAUAGAUUUAUCCAAUCAAAGUGGACGAGUCUCAAAGCUAGGAAAUGAAACGCACUAUCUCUUUUUUGGACUUUAUCCUGGCACUACCUACUCUUUUACCAUCAGAGCCAGCACAGCAAAAGGCUUUGGACCUCCAAUCACAAACCAGUUCACCACUAAAAUAUCAGCACCCUCUAUGCCACCAUAUGAACUUGAAACACCUUUGAAUCAAACUGACAGCACUGUGACAGUCUUGCUGAAACCUGCACAGAGCAGAGGCGCUCCUGUCAGGUACUGGUGGAAAAAUCGUUAUAAAAUUAAAACCAAAUUGAUUAAUUUCUUGAACAUGUUUUCUGGGGAUUUUCUACACAGAUUUGAUCCAGAUGCAAGUGGCUUGUUCUUUGAAGAUAAGGAACAAAGCCAUAGUUCUGUUGUGUGGGUGGCUUCUUUAAG